UGUUGACCAUGUAUAAUGAGGACGAAGUACUUUUCGCCCGUACAUUUCACGGCGUCGUCAAAAAUAUUAUUCACCUUUGCUCUCGUGAUCGUUCUCGAGUUUGGGGCAAGGAUGGAUGGAAGAAGGUGGUGGUGUGCGUAGUUUCUGAUGGUCGUGCAAAGAUUAAUCGGCGUACGUUAGCUUACCUGGCGGCCAUUGGCGUCUAUCAAGAUGGUAUCGCAAAGAAUUUUGUAGAGUCUAUUAAAGAGGACGGAUCAAAAACGAAGAAGGAAGUUACUGCUCAUAUAUUCGAAUAUACAACUCAAAUUUCAUUUGAUCCGGAUAUGAAAAUGAAGACUGAAGAUCUUGUACCCAUUCAAGUACUCUUUUGCCUUAAAGAAAAGAACGCCAAAAAAAUUAACUCACAUCGUUGGUUCUUCAAUGCAUUUGGAACAAUUCUCAAUCCCAAUGUAUGUGUUCUUCUUGAUGUUGGUACCAAACCCGGCGGCACUUCGAUAUAUCAUUUGUGGAAGGCCUUUGACAUUAAUUCAAACGUUGCUGGUGCUUGUGGUGAAAUUGUUGCGAUGAAAGGUACCGCCGGUGUCAACCUUCUCAAUCCGAUAGUGGCUUGCCAAAAUUUUGAAUACAAGAUGUCUAAUAUCUUGGAUAAACCUCUUGAAUCCGUUUUCGGAUAUAUCACCGUGUUGCCCGGGGCCUUCUCGGCCUAUCGUUACAUCGCUCUACAGAAUGAUUCUUCCACUGGGUUGGGUCCUUUGCACUCUUAUUUCUUAGGUGAAGCAGCGCAUUCGACGGAUCCCGAUGGCGGUGACAAGAAGAAAGGAGAGAAAGACGAUAUAUUCACUGCCAACAUGUAUCUCGCCGAGGACCGUAUUCUUUGUUUUGAAUUGGUGGCAAAACGAAACUGUUCUUGGGUAUUACAUUAUGUCAAAUCGGCGUAUGCCGAAACUGACGUUCCAGAUCAAGUACCAGAACUGAUUUCUCAGAGAAGACGUUGGCUGAACGGUUCUUUCUUCGCUGGCGUGUACGCGGUAUAUAACACCUUUGCCAUCUGGAGAAGUGACCAUAGCAUGAUCCGAAAAGUUCUCCUACAUGUUGAAAUGUUGUAUCAAUCAUACAAUUUGUUCUUCUCAUGGUUUGCCUUGGGUAACUUCUAUUUGACCUUUUACAUUCUGGGUAAUUCGCUCACUGACCCUGUCGUUAUCGAAGGACUUUGGAGUAAAACGGCAGGCGAUAUUAUAUUCCAGAUUUUACGUUAUGUUUAUUUAACGCUACUCAUCAUCCAAUUUAUUAUGGCUUUGGGAAACCGACCACAAGGUUCUAAGUGGGCAUACAUAGCCUCGAUAGUAUUCUUUGCAUUUCUCAUGCUCUACAUGUUAUUUGCGGCCGGAUGGCUCACUUACAAAGGUAUCGCAUUCCAACUGGACAGACAAAGAGGGGCUCUUACCGGCGCCAAUGUAUCCACGGCGAGCGCCAUAUUGAGCAAUGCGACAUUUAGAAACAUUAUCCUCUCCGUCGUAGCCACAUAUGGAUUAUACUUUGUCGCUAGCUUUUUGUUCUUUGAACCGUGGCACAUGUUCACCAGUUUAGGUCAAUACUUAUUGUUGGUUCCAUUCUACAUUAACAUAUUGAAUGUUUACGCUUUUUGUAAUGUGCACGACGUUAGUUGGGGUACCAAGGGAGAUAAUUCAGCUAAACAAGAUUUGGGUUCUGCAAAGGUUAGCUCUGGAAAAAGCGAGGUGGAAGUCGAGGUACCUGUCGAAGAAAAAGAUAUCAAUGAGGCAUAUGAAGAAGCGGUUGAGGAAUUAAAGCAACACGUUGAAGAGGAAGUGAAACAUCGUUCUCCCAGUGAAAAGAGGGAUGAUUAUAAUAAAGCAUUCCGUACACGUGUUGUUCUUGCCUGGAUCCUUUCCAAUGCCGCGUUGGUCGCCGCCAUUACAAGUGCCGAUUCAACUUUGAGUUCAAUGUUACCUCAGCAGACAAGAUCUAACACCUACAUGGCUUUCAUUUUAUGGUCCGUCACUGGCUUGGCCGCUUUCAGGUUCUGUGGUAGUUGCACCUUUUUACUCUUUAGAUUGUUCACUGGUAACUAA